AUGAAUAAUAAUGAUAAUAAUAUCAACACUUAUGCCGGUCCAGCCUCAUCUCGUUCACAAUGGAAAGCUACACAAGAUCCUGGUAAAACAUCACCAACUUCAAAUGUUGCUGGUUAUCGAUCUGCUGGUCUCGAUGUUAAUCCAGCAUCAUUGACAGCAUCAAAUCUUCCACAAGAACAACAAUCUGAAGCAGAAGAAAAAAAACAAUAA